AUGAGUAAUAGAAGUCAUGGGCGCACACGCAUUGUGACUAAAGAAGAUCUUCAACAAUUAAAAUUAUUGGAGAGAGUUUUGAAAGAAUCCCUGCCAUCCGGUACAAUCUUACAUCCUGAUAGUGAUAUAGUUAUCAGUAUAUAUGGCAUCGGGCGAGAUCCGAAGGAAUGGGGCCCAGACGCGGAUUGUUUUGAGCCUGAUAGGUUUCUCCCCGGACGGAAGACGGGACUCUUCAUACCCUUCAGUUGUGGUCCACGGAACUGUCUCGGUUAUCAGUUGGCCUUCAUGUCAGCAAAGAUGGCGCUGAUAUCAAUAUUGCGUCGUUACAAGAUUACCGGGAAAAUAGAAACGAGUCCUGCUCCACAAAUGGAGCACACAACAUAUGAUGAAAGCUAA